UGUAAGGGGGGUGAGUGGCUCUGUUCUCGUGAGGGAGUUUGGAUCAAUAAAAGCAGCUGGCUACUCUCAACCUACUACUCUUAACAUUUAAAACACUUUUGUACUAUUAAGCUCAACAAUUUUCACAACACAGCUUACUGUCUGAGAAGACAAGCCUACCAGGGUUCUGAAUUUAGUAAAGGCAAAUGCUACAAGUCUUCAUCAGAAUUGAACUUUUCCACGAUAAAUCUACAUAUUGUGAUUGGUCGUAGCAAGUGCUUGAAAUGGACAGUACAAAUCUGGGUUACUCGUACCAUCUACCUAAUGGGGGGCUGAUGCUGAAAGUGAGAAACGCUCUUUCACAGUUCAGUGAUUUAUUUAGUGAAUUCAAUAAAUACAUAGCUCCAGCUUAUCAUCACGAUAGAUGUGAAAGAUCUGUCCAAAUGCGUCUCUACUCCAUGCACAAAAGAGAAUUUGUUAUGGUCUUCCUUUGUUUUUACAUUUGUUUUGGCUUAGGUGUAUUUAUCGGCCUAGCAGGCCCACCUAUAACGGUGACAUCGAGUUUUAAAGGAACUAGCAUUUUAAAAGAACAGAACACAAGUAUUGGAGAUAUUUGGCAUGGUCCUUUUAAGAUAAAAAGUCCAACAAUGUCAACGUACCACCAACAAUUAUGGGUCCUCGCUCAAAUCCGAACUGAUAACAAAGACGAUGAUAUACUUGACCGCGCCUUUCAUGUAAGUGUUGCCAUAAGUGCAUUAACUUCAGAUCACAAAGAAGUCAGAAUAUUAAGAGCAGACCAAGCUCACAACAGGACUCACCAUCUGCGAUGUGAUAGCCAGAUUUGUAAUCCAGUGACAAUUCUACAUCUUGGUUUUCUUGAUUAUACCCAUUACAUUCUAGAUGUAAACUUCAACGGGUUGGAAAACUUCCACAAGCACUACACAGUAAAACAAGUUACAUUUUUUUUUAAAAGUUAUAAUCCAGGCUUUACACAGAUAGAAAUUUGGUUCCGAUUUAUAUUUCUAUUGUCUACAUUUAUUAUAACUUGUUGGUUCGCGCACACUUUAAGGAAAUUCCCUAUCUUUGAUUGGUCCAUAGAACAAAAGUGGAUGUCGUGCAUGCUGCCACUUCUUUUAUUAUACAAUAAUCCAAUAUUCCCUUUGACAUUUUUGGUCAAUUCGUGGAUACCAAGCAUGCUAGAUGCUGUAUUCCAAGCUACUUUCCUUUGUGGUCUCCUUUUAUUUUGGAUAUGCAUUUAUCACGGAUUGAGACAGACUGAAAGAAGAAUAUUGACUUUUUACAUACCCAAGCUGUUAAUUGUCGGCCCUUUAUGGUUGACAGCAGUGAUUAUGGCGACAUGGCAAAAAGCUAAUGAACUUCAAGACCCAACUUAUAGUUAUAAAAUAGACACAUCAAAUUUUUACAAUUUUAAAAUAAUAUUUUUUGUUUUUAUAAGUAUGUAUAUAAUUUAUCUUCUGUGCCUGAUUCUUCGGGCAUACAGUGAAUUGAGGUCUAUGCCAUUUUUUGAUAUGAGAUUAAAAUUUCUGACUUUGUUGAUGUUAAUUGUAAUAACAAUAAGCAUAACAAUAACAGUGAUGAGAUUCGGUAUCGGGGUAUUAGAAGAUAAUUUUGUAUCGGAGUUGUCCACAACUUACAACAGUUCAGCCCAAUUUAUGAGCUUUUAUGGCCUAUUGAAUUUUUACAUGUAUACAAUGGCUUAUGUGUACUCUCCUAGCAAGAAAACAGUUUUUGAUACAUCAAUAACAAAGGACAAUCCUGCUUUCUCUAUGAUAAAUGAUUCAGACGAAGAUGUAAUAUAUGGGUCUGACGAGGAAAGCAGACAGCCGUUGAAUCGCAGCCACAAUGAAGAUGACAGCGAUUAAAUUUAUUUUAUAUACUGAGGCGAACUAUAUUAUCUAAGGGCCAUAUCAAGGGCACAAAUGACAAGUGUCUAGUCGAUUUUUAUUAAUAUUUUUUUAAAAGAAAACAGGUUGUAAACUUAACAGUCCAUUUCUUUUAAAUUAUGUACA